AUGUCGACUAGCAUGAGUCAGAACAGCUCAUGUUCUCUAACGGCAUGGCUACAGGAUGUUUCGAGCACGAUGACGGAGAAGCCAGCUGUCGAGAGCGCAGGUCUAUCUGCCUCUGAACUACUUGUCAAGCGACACAGAGGCUCACUGUCUCUUGGUGCGCUGCCCAAGCUUCAGUUCGGCAAAUGGUCUGGCUCAGAAGUCUCCAUGACCUCGAUCUUUCCGGAGCCGCCCAGCUACACACCCUCGGACGGUCACACUGCUGAAGAUCGCCCUGCGGCUCCUAUGACCAGAGCACUUUCUCAUGGAUCGUCGGAUCAACAAGCGGCGCGCCUCUCACGAUGGUCGUUCACAACUGGCGAAAGCUCAUCGGCCUCUCUAGAUGCUGAGCGACCAGAAUCAUGCUACGAGCCGACCUUUGGUCUCGUAGUCGGAAGGGGAAUGGCCGGCUUGGCUGCGUACAGAUUGGAUGGGUUCAGAGUACAAGCGCGCGCGGAAAGCCAUGGACCCUUGUCGCCGAGGAGCGGUAAUGAAUCGAUGUCAGCUCACCACGCAGAGCUCCUCUCUGCUCUUCAGACAAUCAGCUCGGCGCCUGUUUGUCUGGCAAGAUCGAGCUCUUGGUCUAUCACUUCUGAUAAAUUCGUAGACGCAUUGGAGCAUGCGGACGACGUGCCCGGCACUGGCAAGGCUGUCCCUGUACGCCUGCCAAAGGUCAGGCGAAAAUCGUCAAGCGCCAUUGCCCCCUCCCAGCGCGCAUUGGUCGAUUCACAGACCGUAUCUACGACCACGACGCCAUCGCUUCAGCCAGAGAGUGUCUUUGAUCGUAUAGCGUCGCUACAUGACCGUCAGAGCGAUCGGACCAGCCUCAGCACAACCAGUAGUGCUGACUUUGCACUACAGGUGGCAACCGAAGAACCCGGUGAAGAGAUUACAGUCUCAACGAUGCCGAUCGGCUCGAGCAGGCUUCCUCGGCAAAGACUCUCUAUCAAGACGAGCCAUGACUUUGCUCACAUAAACAGCCCGACCAAAAUCGAAAGUGGCUGGUCAACCUCGAUUGACGAUUCAAUCACACGUAGUCGACUGGCAGAAGCGGCACUGACGCGCGGACUUUCGAUCUCACCCGAACCCUUUGGCUGGCAGCCCAGAUCGUUCGAGCUCAGCCCGACACGCGCUGUCGAGUCCAUGCCCAGCCCUGGACGGGUGCCUACGAUCCCGGACAGACAACCCUCCUUGAGCUGCUUCGUGGAACACUUGGAAGAUGUCGCUCCGCGAGAAAGCCAAUGCACUACCACAGCAAGUACGGAAGCGCUCUCCCAAGACCUCGCGCUGCGUCGCUCGUUGUCAAAACCGGGCUUGUUCGCGGCUCGCAAGCCACCGCCCAGCAUUGAUGUUCUUCUUGCAUCCUCGCUGUAUCCUAGUACACAGCAGGCUCGAUCUCCGAGCCCCGAAAGACGGAGUAGCUGGGAGAGCGAGCUGAUUCGUACGUUCGAAGAGAGGAUAUCGUUCAUUGAUGGAGCAGAAGGAUUCAAUCUAUCGCCUACCUCGUUCGUCAGCGCUCGCUCGGAUUUCUGGCCAGCAGACACUAGCAAGCCUCUUCCAGAGCUACCCCGUGAUGACGACUCUGCACGCAGAUCGUUGUCGCCCCGCAAGGUCUCAUUUGCUGUCCCAAUGAGCAAACGAGGCAGUCAAAGCUGCGCCACGUCGGUAAGCUGUGAGGAUGGCCCGACGGCAGUGCUGGCGCAUCUUUCACACGACUCGCCGUCAUCGUCGCCGACAGAGCAAAGCCACCUGAAGCGCGCGACUAGCCUCAAUCGCAUCAAGACGACCUGGCUGUUCAAGCGCAAGUCUGCCAUUGGCGUCAUCUCAUCUUUGUCUGACUCGAGCAGCGCAAGCCGUCGUACACCCUCACUGAUCAUCUGA